UGAGUCAAUUUAGCAAUAAUAAUUAAGUAGACUAAAUAUAAAUUGCAGUUGCAAGCAAAGGCAUUAACAAUUCACAAAUAACAAAAUGAAGACCACAGUUAUUGUUCUUUUUGUUGUCUUUGGUGCUAUUUCAGCUUUGCCAAUAAUAAAGUAUGAUGAUGCUUUAGAAGAAAACUCUGUAAGCCAAGUUUUGUUUGGGAAUCUAAAGCCACAAAUUGAUGGACCUCUAAAUAUCUUUUUUGUAUACUCGGAAGAUUUGGUGAAUAAUUUAAUAAAUGAUAAACCUGACUUUCAAAUGUCGGAAGAACCGGUAGCAGAAGACGAAGUAGUAACAGAAGGAAUAGAAGAACAACAAACAACUGAAGUGCUAGAGACAGAACCGGCAGCAGAAGAAACAACCGAAGAACCGGCAGCAGAAGAAACAUCCGAAGAACCGGCAGCAGAAGAACCAGUCGAAGAACCGGCAGCAGAAGAACCAGUCGAAGAACCGGCAGCAGAAGAACCAUCCGAAGAACCGGCAGCAGAUGAACCAGCAGCAGAAGAAGAAAACGUAGAAGUUAAUGAUGAAGAAACAUCUCUGAGUCCAGAACCAGAACAAGAACCAGAACCAGAACCGGAACCGGAACAAGAAGAAAAUUUAGAAGCAAAUGAUGAAGAAAGGUCUCUGAGCCCAGAACCAGAACCAGAGGAUUAAAAUGCAAUAACUUUGUGAAUAUGUUCAAAAAAUUAAAUAAAAAAUACGUACAUUUAAAUAAUUUUGAAACUAAA